AUGUCGCUACCGCCCUUCCCAGCAAGCCCACCUCCUCUGCCUCCAGGCAAGGACAAGCACCACAUCGUGGUCCUGGAAGGGAUCCACGCAAAGAUGCCAUCGUUCGACUUCCCACACCACAUCGACAUCUACCCGCGCACGCAUCCGUCCGAAGUCGCGGAGCGCAUCCAGCACGCCACGAUUGUCAUCGCCUGUGUCGUCCCCGUCGGCCCCAAGGAAAUGGACGCCGCACCUAACCUAGGCAUCCUAGCCGUCAUGGCCGUUGGUAUUGGCUGGGUCGACAAAGAAGAUUGCGCCCGGCGUGGCGUCACCGUGACCAAGUGUCCUGCCGGCAAUGUCGAUGCCGUGAGCGAGCAUUUCCUCGGCCUGUACUUCGGCUCCAGAAAGCGGAUUGUGCAGGUGCAUAACUCCGUCACCACGAGCAGUGAGUGGGUAGACAAAGGCACGCUCACGAAACUCUGGCCCUCGGGCCCUCCUCUCGGGUGUAGUCAGGAGACGUUGGCGAUCCUGGGGUACGGAACGUUGGGGACGCGGAUCGCGAAGCUGGCGAAGGACAUCGGGUUCAAAGAAGUCGUUAUCAGCGAGCGUAAGAAUGGAAGCUCGGUCCGCCCCGGCCGUGUGACUUUCCGGGAGGCGCUCGAGCGCGGCACCGUCUUCUGCGUCAGCCUCCCAAAGGAGAACAACACGGUUGAUCUCAUCUCGGAGACAGAACUGCGGAUGAUGAGGCCGGAGGCGCUGAUCAUCAACGUCGCCCGGGGUGGGAUCGUCAAUGAGACUGCCCUUGCUCGCGCCUUGCGCGAGGGUUGGAUAGCGGGUGCUGCUACUGAUGUGCUCGAAACAGAACCUGGGGGGCCAGGCUCAAGUCCUCUGCUUCCCGACGCCAGCAAGGGCGAGCCGGAGGUGCCGAAUCUAACGGUGUCGAGCCAUAUCGCUUGGUUCUCGCAGAGCACGAUUGCGAAUUAUCAGAGACUGUUGAAAGAGGGUGUUGAGGGUUGGGCCGCUGGCACGUUGCAGGAGACUGAAGAUAAGGUCCACGUUGCCGUCGUGGUACAUAACGGCAAGAUCUGGAACUGA